AUGGCUGGUGGGGGUGAGCGUUACCCCAAGGAAGUGAGAGGUGAGCGAUCCGCCGAUGGGACGGCGGACCGCUCGGAAAAACUCGCCGCCAAGCGGGAGAAUAACCUGGUAGACAGUAAAAAGAACUUGCUGUUCAUUAUUAUUUCAACACUACUGGUUACCUGUAUCCUGCUACUGUUAUGUUCUCUUAUCGUAUGGAAACUUCGUAGGAAGAACGUCAGUAACAGAGGAAAACAAGAAACAAGAUUGAAUGGGGCAAACUCUGCAAAAGAAGAGAAUGGUGUGAAAGAAAAUGAGACAGCAGCACUUCCUUUGGAAUCUAUCAUAGACUUAUGUGGAAGAACAGAGGACAAUCGUGUUGCACAGGAAGAAUCGUUAAUUGUGGCUGAAUCAAACGUUAAGGAAGAAAAACAUAAUAUGGAUGAUGAGAGCGUAGCACUGUGUCGAGCUCAUAAUAAGGAACUACUUGAAGAAACAGCUGGUGCCAACAAAAUCAAUUAUAGAGAAAUAUUUGCAAUGAUUGAAGCAAGCAUCGAGGAAGGAAAGAGUUUUGAUGAAGGACGUAUCAGCUCAGUGCUUGUACUGGCAUAUGAUGGUGAGAUUUCUGAAGAAACAGAAGUUUGAAACAGAGAACUUUGUUAAAAAAGGAGAUAAAAAGGGGAAAAUAAUCUGUUCAGCUGUGAAGCCAUCUCUCUACCAAGAAUCAAUCAACAGAGGCAUCUUUAUCUGAACUUGAUUCAUAGAAUAACUUUUCUUCUGUUCCAGUAUUAAGCUUUGAUC